AUGCUCUUGGAAAUGUUCGGUUGGUUCGGAGCCGGGGAGAGCAGUAAGGCUCUGUUGGGUAAGCAAGAGAGGAUACAGAUGGGAGAGAAGAAAGUGAAAAGGAGGAGAAGGAAGAUUGAGCAGAAUGGAAACGGAGGCGAUCACAUGUUCAAAGCUUCGAAUGACCAUUUUCCAGGGAUGGUCAAUCUAUCAGGAACUUUAUGUUAUAUGAAUUCUGUUUUACAGGCAUUCGCAUCGAUAACUUCAUUAGUGAACCAUCUGGAAAAGAUCGUAGAACUAGCUGUAGAAAGUGAUACACCUACUCCAGUCACGGAUGCUCUUCUAGAGGUGAUACAGGAUCUCAAUACUCCUCAUUCCCGCUCACCGCCCGCCCUACGGCCUCACAACCUUCUUCAGGCCUUACAUCCUCUACCCCAAAUACGCCGCCUCCUCUCAACGAGAGAACAACAAGAUGCCCAUGAGUUGUUCGUCGUAUUGGCAGAAGCGAUAUCAGACGAAGCUCUCAAAGUAGCUGGUGAAAUAGGUAGAUUGAGAGGUCUAGGCGAUAUCCUUUCCCUUCAGCGGUAUACAAAUAGUAAAAAUGAAAAUACAAUAAGUGGAAGAGCAGAUAUUGAAGGUGCGAAUAAACGACGGAAAAUUAGGGGGAUCGCUCAACCGUGGGAAGGACUGAUGGCUAGAAGGAGGGUUUGUCAGAAGUGCGGAUGGGAGACGGAAGUUAGGAUGGACCUUGUGGGAGGGAUGGAAUUGUCCAUUCCUUUGCAUGGCGACGUAACUCUCGAUUCGUGUAUCGCAGAAUAUCUCUCACCCGAAUACCUAUCCGAUGUAACUUGUGAAGCAUGUUCUUUACGAUCUACUCUGUCAUAUUACCAAUUCGAGGUAGACCGACUUUCUUCCGCACCAAAUUCCACCAAACCCUCUUCUAGCAUCAACGGCAAAGCGAAUAAUAGCCCCUCAAAGUCAGGCUCGGGCUCGUUCGCAGCAUUAGAAGGGCUAUCCACACUUUCAUCCACCAAAGAAGAGCGAAUGACCAACUCCAGAAAGAAACGAUGUAGAGAAGCGAAAAGAGUCGAAAAUCGAUUGAAAGAAAUGUUAGAUUCCGAUGUGAUUUCGAAUUUCAACGAACCGUUCUUGGAACCUUUACAUCCCCAACUUGAUGGAGAAGGGAGUGGUAGUAUACCUAUAAAAUGGCAGAUCAGUCGAACUCAAUCGAUCAGACAGAGUAUACUUACUCGACCACCUAGAUCUUUGAGAAUGUUAUUUAUAAGAUCGGAAUUUACACCUUAUGGAUCGGUGUUGAAGAAAACUGCCAGAGUGAAUUUUCCAAUCAUUUUGGAUUUAACGAAAUUCAUCAGUAAUGGUAUAUGGGAAGAAAACAAGACCAGCGGUUCAGCAAUUUUAUCGAAUGGUAUAGCAGAUCCGAACAUAGAUCGACAGAGGGUAUUAUACAGAUUAGAAAGUGUUAUUUUACAUUAUGGAUAUACACAUUCUUCAGGACAUUAUAUCUGUAUACGAAGGAAACCUACCCCAACUCAAACAGAUAAUGGUGAUGCCUCCUCCGGUAGCAGAUCGUAUACACCUUCAAGAGCUUAUAAAUCAUGUCCUGAUUCCUGUCGAUGUGAAUCCUGUGUAUAUUUUGGGAAAGUUCGAGAAGGUUUGGAAGAGAAGGUACCGGGGAAAGGAUGGUUGAGAAUUAGUGAUGCUGACGUUGAAGAGGUCGGGGAAGAGGCGUUGUAUGAGAGUAGAGGAGCGGUAUUUAUGUUGUUUUAUGAGAGGGUUGGUGAGUAUCGGGGGGAUAAAAUUGAUGCGAAGAAAGAUAGAGUAAAAGAGGAGGAAGAAGAGCAAAAAGAUUUGAAUGAGGCUUCUCAGGUAAUAUAG